CUUCCCUUCAACCAGCAACCUCAAAAUGGAGUCCAGCAAGACCCCCGUCAAGCUCGCACGUGUCCUCAAGGUGCGUCGCUUCACCGUGACCCCGUCUCUCGCGCCGAUGGGGAAAGGAUGUGGAUGGAGUAGAGAGGGGAGGGGGUGGACCUGCGCAGGACGCUGCGCGCAGCGGACGAGAAGGCUGGAGCAUGCGGGUGCGCUUCGGAGUGUUCGUUGUCGCGGAUGCGCAGUGUCGUGCGGACGUGCAAAGAUUGCGCGCGCAGGGGUGCGGAGGAGCUCGGUGCGACACUAGGCGCAAGCGCUUGAAACCACACCGACCCCGAAUCUCGCGCGCUCGUACGCGUAUGAGCGAAACGAUCUAUACGCGAGCGGGGUGCAAAGAAGAGUUAGAUGUGGGGGUCUGGCGAGAGACUGGGUCACUGUCCAGCUGGGAGUGAAUGCUGACCUCAUGCUUGUUUGGCCUCGAUUUUCUUCGCACGCGCUAUAUCCCCCCACCUCCCCUUCCUAUUACUCGCAUCCCGACUGCUCUCCGCUGCAUCAUUCGCGCACUCGACUACAAAUCGAAUUUUGCGUUUCCCCUGCAGGUCCUCGGCCGCACUGGCUCGCGUGGUGGUGUCACCCAGGUUCGCGUCGAGUUCAUGGACGACACUUCGCGCUCCAUCAUCCGCAACGUCAAGGGCCCCGUCCGUGUCAACGACAUCCUCGCCCUCCUCGAGUCGGAGCGUGAGGCCCGCCGCCUCCGUUAAACAUCCGGGAUGGUUGUAGAGGAGUGUACAGCGUGGUAGUCUCUCUCGCCCCACGGGGCUAUGCGAUCCGGCAUUCAUAUCAUAGCGAUGUGUGCGUUUAGCGAGCGCCUAGGUCCUUGGUCUGGGAUGAGAUCGAGCGUUCCGCGUUAUGACAGUUGCUUCCGGUGUGAACGUCA